AUGCCGUGUAAGACUUUGUUACGGUUAUUUGCAUGCGCAGGUUUAAUUGCAAUAGCUAGUUCCGCGUCAUGUAAUGACACGGGUAAAAGUUACAUGUACAAUUCGGUUAACUGGGAAUGUGAACAUAUUAGUGAUGUGUUUCCUACGACAAAAUCGAAUGUGAAUAGCAUAGUGUGCUUCGAUUGCAACAUUGCUGUAAUAGAGGAAAAUACCAUUCCGACUUUUCGUGGACCUGUUUUCAAUUUGAGCAGCAGUCACGUGAGAAAAAUAAAACAAAACGCGUUUAGGACGUUCACAAACAAUACACGUAAAUUUAUAUUUGAUAAGAAUGAACUCGAAUCUGUUGCGCCAAAAGUGUUUAGUAAUUUUUCCGCGAGUGACGAAAUUAACUUGCGAGAUAACCGAAUAUCGAAACUGGAAGCGAGCACAUUUGAAGGUACGAAUGUGUCGACUUUGGAUUUAUCUCGUAAUAGCCUUACGGACGUAGGUUCGGUGUUUAACGGUUUAAGGGUAACGACAUUAAAUCUAUCGUCAAAUGGAAUUAAAGAACUUCAGCAAAGUGCUUUUGACCAGGUCAUUUUUUGGUCAGGUGGACAGUGGAAGUAUGGCACUCAACAACUCGAUCUGUCGAAAAACUUGUUGAACAAAAUAAUCCCAAGCACUUUUAAAUCUCCAACCAAGGACAAUAUUAUACGUAUGCUGCACUUACAAGAAAAUCAACUAACCGUGAUAGAAAAUGCUACGUUCCUUGAAUUAAACUAUCUAUGGCAAUUGCAUUUGACAGGAAACCGUAUUUCGCAGUUGUAUGCAGACUCCUUUAAAGGACUCACAAUCCUCAACACACUGUCCUUGGCCAAAAAUCAACUUACAAGCUUACCAAUCGGCAUAUUUGGACGUAUAAAAAGUCUUGUAGUCUUAGAUUUAUCGCAAAAUUUACUGACAACGUUAUCCGCAACUUCUUUUACCGGACUAAUGAAUUUAAAUACCCUAAACAUCUCGCACAACAAUUUACAAACAAUUGAAGACUCGCAUUUGGUCGCACUUGGCAAGAUACACACAUUAGACAUCACCAAUACGCGAAUACACGACAUCAACCUGCAGCCGAUAUUAGAUCACCAUUACAACCUACGUACCUUGGUCAUCAACGAUAAUCUUUGGACCUGUUCCAAACUUAUGGAAAUUUACAAGCUGACGAAUCGAAGAGGAUCAGGUUUCAGCUACCCUUCGCGACACUUUGACGUUCCGAAUUUGCACGGAAUUGCUUGUUCUCGCCAAACGCUGGACUCCUACGAUGACCUAUCAUUCGAUGAUUUUUUAAAUAUUAUUUCCAAAGAUCACGUCUUUGAAGAUGUUUUCGAUUAUAGCCUUCACAAUGAGACCGAUCCCGGCUUGAAUAGCAAAAUUGGGGCCGAUAUACACAGUAUCAAAGGAAUGUUUGUUAUUUUAACUAUUUUAUGUGUAGUGCUGUUUCUUCAUUGUGUUAUAAAGUACAUAGUUGCGUUUUUACUUAACAGAAACAUUAUCAGAAAUAGUCCAUUUCGUGUCUCGUUCGGUUCAAAUCACGACAGGGUAGAAUUGUUAAACUAA